UGUGGCCACAGAAUACUAAUUACUAUUGUGACAUUUUGAAUUACACCCUAAUCUGAAUCUAAAACCAGAGUAACCAGAGAGAAAAAAAAUUUAUGUAUGGAUUAAGUGAGGUUGAAUGUGGUCAGUUAUUGUGAUGUGAAAACACAAGAGUGAAAAAAAGUGUGAUGACUAUGACAGGAGCAUAAUACUUUGAUAGAUAUGACUCUUCAACAUGGAAAAAUGGAACAUUUUAAAGAUGUCCAUUUUUUUUAUACUCCCUCCCAGGGAAAUAUUUACACUAUGACUGAUAUACAAUUAGUAAAUGGUUCAACAAAACUCCUUGUAGCUUCUUUGAAAAGGGAAAUAUUCUGUUUUGACUUUCAAGAAUCUUCUUCUGGUUUAUUGAUUCCCACUACAAAAGAAGUUUCUUUUACUUAUAUACCAAAUGGGGCUGAGAUAAUAUCUAUUGAUGCUUUUAACAAAUCCACAAAUAGCAACGAAUUUGUAAUAGGAAUCACAAUAAUAAAGAAUAGUAAUGAUUCUGAAAGUCAUUUAGAAACAUAUUUGAACAUAUAUGCUGGCGAAGAAACUGAAGAUUUCAAUAUCGAAAAUAUAGCACAAAGUUGUCUGAAUGUUGAACUUAAUUUUAUUCCAUAUAAGCUUUUUCAUACCUAUUUAGUUACUUUUGAAGAUAAUGCUAUGGUUAACAAAGAGAUAGUUUUUGUUCUGUCUGGUAGUGAUAAUCAAAUUCAUAUAUUUCGAGAAAAUACUACUGAUCAUACAUAUAAGGAAAUUGAGAAUAAAGACCAUUUUCCGGAAUUUUCAAAAACUCCUAGUCCCGUUGUCUGGAUUGAUAUUUAUUAUUCAGAUGAUUUCAAAGAGAGAAUCACUUCAUUUGCCUGCGAAUGUGGCUAUGUAAAAUUACUCAAAGUCGAUGUGGUAUCAAACAAGCUAGUCUAUAAUUUCUCUACACGGUUUGGCAACUACAUUUCAAAAGUUUAUAUUUUUCCUGAAUUUAAUUCGGUGACAGAUUAUUCGUUUGAGAAAAGUACUUUUUUGAGAGAGUUGGACAUCAAAUCUCGUGGAACUUCAAAAAAAUUGAAUUUGGUUGUUGUCAACACAAUUUUACCUGCCGUUAUAUUUCAGUGAGUACCGUUAGUUUAUCGAAUAAUAUUGGAAAUCAACAAAAAGUUGGUAGAAGAGAAUAACAAGUUGCAAGAAAUGGUUGUAAAAGCUAAUGAAAAGAAUAUGGCCGAAAAUCUCAUUCUUAUUGUACAAGAGAUGCAUGAAAGACAAUCAAGGACACCUAAUAUUAUUGUAUGUAAUAUCCAAGAAUCGAAUCUGAAUAAUCAGCGUGACAGGGCCAAAGAAGAUAUAAAAAAUAUCAAUGAAAUUCUUGGUGUAACCAUCAGAAAGACUUUCAGACUUGGUAAAUUUUCCGAAGACAGAAACAGACCUAUCAAAGUAGUUCUGUCGAACAGUGAUGAAGCCCUAUAUGUUUUACGGAACAAGAACAAAAUUAUAGUUCCUGGAAUAAUUGUAUUUGGUGACCAAACAAAAUUUCAAAAAGAAUACUAUCUCUCAGACAAGUCUAAGCUUGCGGAUCUCACUUCUCAGGGAAUGAUGUAUAAAAAAGAUAAAAAGGGGAAUUGGUGUUUGGAGGAAUUGAAAAAGAUAUCAGCGCCCGUUUUAGGUUUGAAAUAUAUUGACAUAACUGGUGACGGAGUUAAAGAUCUUGUCAUUUUAUCCAUGAGAGGAGUUCAUGUAUUGCAGCAUGAUUCAUCAAGAUUACAAACCAUUUUGGACAAAAAAAUUCAAAAUCUCACCUUACCAAACAUAUCUGAAGUGAUUUCAUGAUAGGGUAUGUAAUAACUUGAUCUGUUCAAAUUAUUGCAUGAGUUCAGAUUAUUGAACCAUUAACAAUUACUGUUUGAAUUAUUUUACGAAUGUAACUAAUUAAAACAUCAAUAUUCACAAAUUUUGAUUAAUGAAAUAUAUUUAAUAAAAGCCAUCUUAUUUCAAAUUUUC